AAAUAAACUUAAGAUUAUAGCCAUGAACUAUGAAAAUUAUGAUCCUUUUUUCCCUGAUCAACCUGUUGUGGAUCUUUAUCUUCCAAUUUGGGCCAAACUUUCAAGUUUUAAGUCCAAACCAGCUUUCAUUUGGGCUGAAGAUGGCCCAUUGGUUCAGUUGUCGUCGAUCACUUACGAGGAGUUAAAUAGUUCAGCCCAAUGUAUUUCUUCUGAAUUGUUACUUAGUUUAAGAAAAAAUGAUACUGUUCUUGUUUUAUGUUCACCAGGACUUGAAUUUGUUGAAGUGAUAUUUGGUUGUCAAAGGGCUGGAGUUUUAGCUGUUCCUAUUAGCCCUCCUCACCCGUCUUUUUCGAAUGGUAAUUGGCAUCAUUUACUUAGAGUUAUGUCUCAAACAAGGCCUAAAGUUGCUAUAGCACAACGCGAAUACAUCAAACAUGUUGAGAAGUAUGUUGCAAGAUCGAGUAAUAAGAAGUUGUCCAAGGCCUUGAAGAAGGUUCGAUGGAUUUCAACUGAGGAUUUAAAUGGCAAGAAAAUGGAAAUGAAAGUGGAAAAUGUGAAUUUUGGUUACAAUGGUUGCAAUGUUGAUGAUGUGUACUUGAUUCAGUACACUUCUGGGGCAACGUGUGUGUUGACAUCCCCGAAUACAUUUGUCAAUCGUCCUAGGAUUUGGCUUGAAUUGAUAUCGGAGUUCAAGGCAACUUGCACUCCUGUUCCUUCAUUUGCUUUACCACUCGUGUUGAAACGUGGUCAUGUUGAGGCAACUGUUACAAGAACUGUUAACAAUCCUAUUAGUAUGAUGAGCUUGAUGAAUUUGAUCAUUGUUAACGAGCCAAUAUACAGCGAUUGUGUUGAAGAAUUUGUUGAAGUUUUUAGGCCUUUUGGGCUUAAUCCUUUGGCAAUUUCUCCCUCAUAUGGCUUAGCUGAGAAUGGCACAUUUGUUUCAACAUCAUGGAAAAGUAGUAAUUGUGACAAAUUUUCGACGUAUAAAAAGCUCUUGCCAAGUGCUAGGCUUGAUGAAGAUCAUGUAGACAUUGAAAUUCUAGUUGUGAAUGAAGAUACAAAUGAGAUUGUGGAAGAUGGAAUUGAAGGUGAAAUAUGGAUUUCAUCUCCUAGCAAUGCUACUGGAUAUUUAGGACAUCCAUCUCUAACUCAACAAGUGUUCAACGCCACUCUUAAAAAUAAGGCGGGAAAAUGCUAUGUUCGAACAGGGGAUAGAGGAGUUGUCGAAGGAGAACAAAGAUUUUUAUACGUGACAGGACGAUGUUCAGACAUUAUUAAACUCUCAAAUGGACAAGAAAUACAUCCACAUUAUUUGGAGACAUUAACUUAUAAUAGUUGUCCAAAUUUCCUAAGAGGAGGUUGUGUUGCAGCAUUCGAGAUGUCUGAAUCUGAAUACACAUCUAUAGCUGUUGUCACGGAGGUACAAAGCAAGGGUGAAAUAGAGAGUGAUAUAUUUUUGAAGCAAAUAUGUGAAGGAAUAAGGAAAACAAUAAUGAAAGAAGAAGGUGUUGGAAUUGGACUUGUGGUACUUGUUAAAAUUGGAAAUGUACCAAAGACUACUUCUGGGAAAAUACAAAGAUGGCUUGCUAAGUAUAAAUUUAUGAAGUCACAAAUGAAUAUUAUAAUGCAAAUGAAGUUUGAUAAUAAUGGUAAUAUUCAAAGCACAAUGCAAAAAAUGAUGCAAAUUGGAAAAAAAGAGGCUAAAAAGGGAAAGGAAGUGUUAGUUGUGGAAGAAGAAGGGGUAUUUUUUGCUCCAACAAAUAGAACUUUGAAAUCUUCUCUUUAA